CAAAUAUUCAUUUUUAAAUUUCAGCUUUGUAACCCCCAAUUUGGUUAUCGUUCUUCCCGUGCUAUUUGAUCCCAGACUAGAGAGACACAGAGCUUUAUAGAGAGAGAAAGUUAGGGAGAGAGAGAAGGGAGCAUCUCUGGAUCUAGAUCUUCGGUUUUGGUAUUGUUUCCCACUGUAAGUGGCCAUGGCGAUUCGAAGGCCUCUCGUAUUUCAUCUAUGGAUCUUUGUGACCCUAUUGCUCAUCAUUCGUGGACACUGUUUUUACCUUCCCGGUGUCGCUCCCGAAGAUUUUCACAAGGGGGAUCUUUUGAAGGUGAAAGUGAACAAACUGACCUCUACAAAAACACAGCUUCCAUACUCGUAUUAUUCCGUUCCUUACUGCAAGCCAGGGAAAAUAGUUGAUAGUGCUGAAAAUCUUGGUGAAGUUCUUCGUGGUGAUCGUAUUGAGAAUUCUCCUUAUGUGUUUAAAAUGCGAGAACCUCAAAUGUGCAAUAUUGUAUGUCGUAAAACACUUGACGCGAAAAGUGCAAAGGAAUUUAAGGAAAAGAUAGAUGAUGAGUAUCGGGUGAACAUGAUUUUGGAUAAUCUUCCUGUAGUUUUUCCCAUACGAAGGAGAGAUCAGGACUCUUCCAUUGUGUAUCAACAUGGCUACCACGUUGGUCUGAAAGGACAGUAUGCUGGAAGCAAGGAGGAAAAAUAUUUUAUCCACAACCACUUAACAUUCACUGUCAAGUUUCACAAGGAUGCACAAACAGACUAUGCAAGGAUUGUGGGAUUUGAAGUCAAACCAUUCAGUGUUAAACACGAAUUCGAAGGUGAAUGGAAUGACAGGACCCGUUUAACAACCUGUGAUCCCCAUGCUAAACGCUUGGUUACCAGCUCUGACUCUCCUCAAGAGGUUGAUGAUAAGAAGGAAAUUAUCUUCACGUAUGAUGUUGAGUUCAUAGAGAGUGAUGUGAAGUGGGCCUCUCGGUGGGAUACAUACCUUCUAAUGGCUGAUGAUCAAAUUCACUGGUUCUCAAUUGUCAAUUCGUUGAUGAUAGUUCUUUUCCUCUCGGGCAUGGUGGCAAUGAUAAUGUUACGGACAUUAUACCGUGACAUCUCCAAAUACAACCAGUUAGAAACCCAGGAAGAAGCCCAAGAAGAGACAGGGUGGAAACUGGUUCACGGGGAUGUUUUCAGACCGCCUACAAAUUCGGAUCUCCUGUGUGUUUAUGUGGGGACAGGUGUUCAGUUUUUUGGGAUGAUACUUGUUAUGAUGAUAUUUGCCAUUCUUGGUUUCCUCUCUCCCUCAAACCGAGGUGGGUUGAUGACAGCCAUGCUUUUACUUUGGGUCUUCAUGGGCCUGUUCGCUGGUUAUUCUUCAGCCCGUCUCUACAAGAUGUUCAAAGGAACUGAAUGGAAGAGUAUCACUCUUAAAACGGCUUUCAUGUUCCCUGCAUCUAUCUUUGCUAUUUUCUUUGUCUUGAAUGCCCUCAUUUGGGGUGAGAAAUCUUCGGGGGCAGUGCCAUUUGGUACCAUGAUAGCGUUAGUAUUUUUAUGGUUUGGCAUCUCUGUCCCUCUUGUUUUUGUGGGAAGUUUUGUGGGGUUUAAGAAGCCAGCCAUUGAGGAUCCUGUGAAAACCAACAAAAUUCCGAGGCAGAUACCUGAACAGGCGUGGUACAUGAACCCGGUUUUCUCUAUCCUUAUUGGAGGCAUACUUCCAUUUGGAGCUGUAUUUAUCGAGCUAUUUUUUAUCCUCACCUCAAUCUGGUUGCAUCAAUUCUAUUACAUCUUUGGUUUCCUCUUCAUUGUCUUCAUCAUCCUAGUUGUCACUUGUGCUGAGAUCACAAUCGUACUCUGCUAUUUCCAGCUUUGUAGUGAGGAUUACCUAUGGUGGUGGAGGUCUUACUUGACAUCGGGAUCUUCGGCCCUCUACCUGUUCCUAUAUGCUGCAUUCUACUUCUUCACAAAGCUCGAGAUCACAAAGCCAGUUUCUGGCAUCUUAUACUUUGGUUACAUGCUGAUUGUGUCUUAUGCCUUCUUCGUGCUCACUGGUACAAUUGGUUUCUAUGCAUGUUUUUGGUUCACUAGGCUCAUCUACUCAUCAGUUAAGAUUGAUUAAGUGAUAGAAUGUGAAGGUAAAAAUGGUUGGUUUAUGUCUUGACAAUGCAUAGAUUUGUUUCACGGUGAAUCAGUAAUGCAGGCUGCUCUUAUUACUUCCCAAGUCAACUUUGGGGUUUAGUUUAAAUUUGAAAUCAUAUAAUAGAAAUUGCUUUACUUCUUCUUUCCCAACCCAUUUCGAUUUUGUUUAAAUUUUUGUUAUUUUUUCACAUUUCUAUACUGUUAUGUAUUGAAACCUUUGGGAGGAUGCUUAAGUAAUUUCCCUGUCUUCAAGGACUGCCUGUCGUAGAAAAUAUUAAAGGGAUAUUCUUGUAUGACACGAUUGUUGGGUUUUUGUAAUGUGAAAUUAACUUAUUUCUCCA